CAGUGUAACUCAUGCAUAUUGUUUUCAGGAGGUGGAAAAUGACAUUGGUGUAAAGCCUGUGGGUAAGUGUGAAAGAGGCAGGUGGAGUAGUGAGAGGAAGUAGAGCAGUGAUGCUCCGGGAGGACACUGUUCCAUCACAUCCUCCCUUCUCUCCCGCCCACACAACCAGGCACACUUCCUCAUCCUGUGAUAACAACACUCAGAUAAUUAUGUUUUGGUGAUCGUCGCGCGUCAGUGUGAGGUUGGUGCUGUGUGGUGAAGGUGUGCGUGAGGCGGCCUGGCAGGCAAGUAUGGCCACACACCACGACAAAGUUUAACAUUGCCUGUCGCCACUGUCGACACUCCUUCUCCAACUUUUGGCUGAAGUAAAAAGAGACUUUAUAAAAAAUAAACAUUUCGCAGGCUGAAAUCUGGUUAAGAGAACUAUUCGUGUGCACCAGUUAGCAAAGGACUCCGGUACAUAUUACUCUUGAAGCCGUCGCCUUGGAGUGUUUAAGGACGAAGGAAGUAUAGAGGAAAGGAAUCAUCUUUAUCAGUUCGAAGGAUACAUCUUCAGGUGGAUUGAUACGGUUGGUGUUGUGGGAGUGUGUGGGGGGCUGUGGGUGGUGGGGGUCCUCCCCACACCAGGCGGUGUUGCGUCACUCACUCAACACUCAUCUUGACCAACACAGUGUUGGUCAGGUGGCCAGCAGCAAGGAGACCUUUCCAUCAGGCUGUCACACUCUACGACUGAGUAUAAGACCGUCACACUCUACUUGUAUUCGUGUUGCUGUAAACAUCUAAUUCCCCAACAUUCUAAACAUUAGCGCUGGAAACGGAACUCGAGUUUGCUUACACGACUAGAAUGGUUACCGCUGAGUGUGUUCCGUUAACAUGACACCGUUGAGAGUGUAGCGAGUGGUGGUGCCGUAGCCGCGGCUGCGGGCGUGUGUGUGUAUAGCAACAGUCAAUGACUGGAGGAGGACCCGCGGCCACAACCUCACCACCAUUUCCCUCGUGCUCAAGUAUCGUGCGGCCACCAUGAGUCACGGAGAGUCGUGCGCGGGCGUGACGGGCGCGGGCGGCGGCGGCGCGGGCGCCCACAAGAAACUGCGGCGCAAGAGAAAGGAACUGGACGCCCUCGUGCCCGAGGAUAAGGUCCGCCGCAAGUCGUCCUCCGCCUCCCAUCACGACCUCCUGCGCUCGGACUCGGAAGACCCCGAGGCGGACUUCUCGGGCGUGGCCGUGCUGGGCAAGCGGAUGUUGGGCGGCGGCCAUCAGGGAGGACUGUGGGCGUGCCUGCCAGGGGCGUGCACGCUGCUGCUGCUGCUGACAACCCUGGUGGGCGUGGCGGCCGCCCUCAGGCUCCUCAUGCUCACACGCCGAGACCUCGACUCCCUCCACUCCAGGAUCAAUUCAGUCGAGGCGAGCAGUUCGGAGUUGCCGGCCAAGUUCCACGAGUCCCACGUCCGCCUGCAGGAGCUGGAGAAGAACCAGAGCGCCCUGUGGGCCGCCGUCACCCAGGUCUCCUCCUCCCUCCUCGCCGCCACCAGACGGGUGGAGCAGCUGGAGACGGAUGUGAAGGUGAUCAAGGACUCCCUGAGCAGCGCCCCGCAGCUGUCCUCCCUGCCCAAGGACGUGGCCGACCUGCAGGGCUCCGUGGCCACCUUCGGCUCCACGCUACAGGACGUCCAGUCGUCCCUCAAGGUGGUCAAGCAGGACCACCAGAAACUCUCGUCUAAUGUUAAGGAAGCCACCAAUGCCAUCGAUAAUUUUAAGGAAGAAAUAUCACUCUUACAAAACCAGACAUUAAUGGAGGUGGGGCGGGAAGGAGGGAAAGGAGCAUCUCUUGGUGAAACUGUCGUUGCUCUCAGGAACAAGAUGAGCUCCUUCAACACUGCCGUCUCAGCCAUCAAUGUCUCCCUCCAGUCAAAUGCCAAGGCGUCCUCGGCAAAUAAGUUUAAGCUUGAGAGCAUAGAGCAGUCACAUAUAGAUAUGAUAAAUGUGACCCAGCGCUUGUCAACCCUGGAGACCCUGCACAGGAAGGUCGACCCAACACUGCCGUCACAGAUUGCUAAUCUGUCAGCAGCUGUGGCUCGCCUGCAGGACACCUCCGACCAGCAAGCUCACACCCUACACAACCUCACUCAGAGUGUGGACGUGGUGAAGGGGGUGGAGAGGAAGCUGGAGGGGAGUCAGGUGCAGCUGGCCAGUGGUGUUAGUGAACUCAAGCAGCAGUUACAAAAGGUGGAGCAGCGAGUGACGACAAUGGUAGCUGCUGUCAACACUCCUGCACCCCCUGCAAACAACGAAACACAUACUCGAAAGCAGAGAUUAGUACAGUCCAAUUCAGGAGCAGCAAGAGAUGCCAGAGGGCCAUGAUAAUAAAGUUUUCAUACUGCUGCCACAGAACGAACUUCAUGUGCCAAUAAUGCUCUGCUUUCAUCCAAAGAUGUUUGAAUGAUUUUGACCUCUCAAGAAGGAGGAUAAUGAUGCUUUGCCUUCCUUCCUGACGUAGUGAAACAAAUGAAAAACUGGUAUGGACUUCUUCAAUGCCUUCUCUUGGCGCUACAUUCCAAAUUCCAUCGAUACUUCCAAACUAAAUGCACUGAUAAAAUGUAAUUGUUUGCAUAUCGCCAACAUUUUCACAAAAGAGUGAUACUCAUUACCAAGAAUGGAAGCUUGUAAUGAUCCUGACUUGUACUGAACUGUCUUCAUCUUGAACAAACAUUUG